CCCUGUGUUUCAGCUGGAUGUACUGUACCUCUGUGUGUCUGUAACUAAGACGGCUGCCAUGUCUCUGAACAGCACUCACGCUGGCACCCCGUCUACCAUGGUCACCAAGGAGCUGGCCAGCCUGUGGCACGUCAUGCCCAAGCAGGAGAGGCGUGUCUACUGUCUGAAGGCUUGUCGCUUCAGCCGCCAGCAGAACCGAAACGUAAGGAGUGAGUUCGUGGAGGGAGAGGGAGACAGGGAGGAAGAGGAUUGCGUACCCAGCCCCCUCCACAUGCUGCUGGCCCAGAGAGACCUGUGUGCUGCAUCCAGAGGAGGCUCCUAGAGAAGCUACCUCCUCACACUGACCCUUCACUGACCAUAUGCACCUAGCAUUGG